AUGGACACGAAUGCACUUGUCGACCUUAUUCAUAAGGUGCAGGGACAGCCCUGGGUCGAUAAGGUGAACGAGACCCACAAAUUGUGCCGUCUCUGUCCGUGGGUGUCUACAUUCCAUCCCAACAAACUUCCUUGGAACCUCGAGGGUGCAAUCCACCAUGGCGCAUUUAAUGCCGGCCUGAAAAUGGCCUUCAGUGAUAAUACUGCUUGGGUGGUCCGUUUCCCUUGCGCGGGAAAAUCUAAAGUAGCGAUGGAGGUGACGGCCCUGGGCCUCAUCCGCGAUAGGACUGCCAUCCCCGUCCCGAGAGUCCGCGCGUGGGGUCCCGCUGCCAGCAACCCACUUUGUCUCGGUCCGUUUAGAAUAAUGGAUUUCAGUAACGGUGUAAGUCUUACUGAUCUCCUGCGGGAUCAUAAUGCCGAGCGCCCCAGCCGACUUAUGAGGGAGGACAUCAGCGACCAUGAUGUUGAAAUUAUCUAUAGACAGAUGGCGGGGAUCAUGCUUCAGCUUUUCAAGAUUGAUUUAGACCAAAUGGGCAGUCUGCCUCCGCCGGCACUGACUGGAGCCCAUUGCUCUAAUUCACUGUCACGGCCGCUAACAUUCAAGGCACACAAUAUCCUACAGAAUGGAGGAGUGAACACUUUCGUUAUCGGUCAGGACUGGGAACAGCUUGUUCACCAUCCGAAUUCAGUCUGUGGCGAAUACGAUGCCCAGAACAAGUAUGUAGCCUUCAAGGCACUGAGAUCCUUAGUACCAGACUUGAUCCAUCCGAGAUAUGACCAUGGCAAAUUCAAGUUGAUAUGUGACGAACUCGGUCUUGCCAAUCUGAUUGUCCGCAGUAAGGAUGAUCUCACUAUUGUUGGAGUAAUAUACCUUGAGUGGUCCUAUAUAGGACCCGCGCAGCUGUUUGGCUCAGCACCCUGGUGGCUUCUCCAGGAUAGACCAGUAAAUAGCGCCUGGGACUACAAUGGCGAAGAGCCACCCGAGAUCGCUGCAAGUUUUCCUUUAACGAGGCUUCGACAGCAUUUUGGGGCUGAUGGCUGGGCAAAGCGAGAGAAGGAAUUUGACUGUGCAGAAGAACUGGAGGCAUUCGCAUUGCAAAAGGUGGGAGAAGUAGAUAAGUAUGAUGAAGACUUGGUGAAGGUCGAGGAGAACAAAGCUCUCAUGGACAGCGGGAGAAUGACCAAGGAAGAAUUCAUUCUCACUGCAGCGGCAAUAAUAGAAUCUCGCAGCUCUUCAUCAUCUGUGUUAAACGAUGAAGUAUCGAGGGACAAGGUCCGGAAAGCCAAACCCAUUAGUUGA